AUGAGGCUCGCCUCACCUCGUCGGCAACCUCCUACUUACCUCACCUCAUCGGCGAAUCCAAUUCCCCUCUACCUUACUCCAACUCGAUCGGACUCACCUCACUUACUUCUACCCACUGGAACCGAUCAAGAGCGUGAUAGUUACUGGAGGUCAAUGCAGAAGUAUGUAGGUGCUGAUAUCACAUCAAUGGUGACUCUACCGGUACUCAUUUUUGAACCCAUGACAAUGCUACAGAAAAUGGCAGAGUUGAUGGAAUACGCCCAUCUUUUAGAGCAAGCAGAUAAUUGUGAGGAUCCAUACAUGCGAUUAGUAUAUACAGCAUCAUGGUUUAUAUCAAUAUAUUAUGCUCUACAACGAACCUGGAAGCCUUUCAAUCCAAUUCUUGGUGAAACAUAUGAAAUGGUUAAUCAUUGUGGCAUUACAUUUAUUGCAGAGCAGGUGAGUCAUCACCCUCCAAUAAGUGUUGCACAUGCUGAAAAUGAGCAUUUUGUAUAUGAUAUAACUUCAAAGGUGAAGACCAAGUUUCUUGGUAACUCUGUUGAUGUUUAUCCUCUUCGAAGAACUCGUUUGAAGCUAAAGAAAGAUGGAGUAAUUCUAGAAUUAGUACCGCCUCCAACAAAAGUCAACAAUUUAAUAUUUGGAAGAACAUGGAUUGAUUCCCCAGGGGAGAUGGUUUUGACCAAUUUGACAUCACGAGAUAAAGUUGUCCUCUAUUUUCAACCUUGUGGUUGGUUCGGAUAUUCAAUAAUAAGAGCAGAUCCGGAUGAUGUGAGUCUUAGAUAUCACCGUGCCUCGAUUUAUGUUGAGCUUGGAAACUAUCACAAGGCUGCUGAAUCAUAUGAGCAAAUCUGGCAACUUCGUCCUCAAAAUCUUGAAGCAUUGAAGACAGCAGCUAUGAUGUACCAAAGAUGUAGUCAGCAUGAUCGCAUUGUCAGCAUUCUUGACGAUUAUUUGAGAAAGAACCCAAAAGAUGUUGAUGUGAGUGUGGUUCAUUUAUUGGCUUCAAUGCAUAUGUUGGGAAAUGCACAUGACAAAGCUCUUCACCAUAUUGAGUAUGCACAACAGAAUUAUUCUGCUGCUAAAGACUUACCUGUUGAUCUUGGAAACAUGGAAAAAGCAUAG